AUGGUGGUGGCCAAGUGGGGUCUCACCUGCGCAUCAGCUGAACAUCCCAGGCUGGACGUGAUCGACGUGAUGCGCAACGUGCACCUACUGGCCACGCAGUACUGCUACUGCUUGCACCAGCAGUUUUUCACGCAGGCCUUUAACCAGGGCGAGGCCAAGGUCCGCACCAUCACCGUGGAGCACCUUGCAGCCUCCAUCCGCGUGCACGGCUACGGGGUCAUCAACACCGCCGUGAACUACAGCGUGGGGUUCCUCAAGAAGAAGCUGGAGGUGGUGGCCCAGUUCCUGGCGGAUGAGUCGGUGAAGAGCCGCCUGCUCACGGAGAAGCAGUGGAUGGAGGGGCGGCAAGGCUACAGCUGGGCGCGAGCCGUGGAGACCGCCAGGUUCAUCCGGAGGCUGGGUGCUGGACGGGACGGCGUCUCCUACCUGGACAAGCUCCGGCAAGUGCUGACGCAGAUUGGCAAUAGCCUGGGCUAUGUGCGAAUGAUCAGGACCGCGGGCAUGCGAAGCAUGGCCAACGGCCUGGAGUACUUGGAGGCAGCUCCCUGGCUGGGGGAUGGAGGCAUGUCGAAUCGCAGCGACCUGGCGCAGGCCGCCGAAGCGGCCGGCUGCGACCCCCCGGUGCAGGAGGCCGCGCGCCUCGCGGAGGCUGCGGCCCGCAGUGUGCGCCGCUGCUUCGAGGCCAGCACCGAUCACCUCAACCUCCUGGCGGAAGUCUUCGCCAAAGCCCUGUCCAGGCCCGAGGCAAUGCCCACCACGCGCUUGUUUCAUUUGCUGGUGCCUUCGGUGGGCUGCGCCUUCUUAGACUCCCUGCUCUUGGGGCGCGAGACGCUGGCCAAGCGGGCGGUGGCGCCCAGCGGCGUCAAGGGCGAGGCGCUGCUCACGGACGACGGCUUCGCCGUGGGGGUGGCCUUUGUGCUGAGAGUCUUCGGCCUUCAGCGCGACUUCCAGUCGCUGCAUUGGUUCCAGACGGAGAUCAACGACAGCGACAUGACCACGGGCCAAGCCCGGGCCGCCGCGGGCCUACCUUUCCAGGAAUCGCGCGGGGAGGCGGACCGGCGCAGCAAGCUGGCGGCGGAGCUGAGCAACUUGGCGGCGGCUCUGGAGGCUUCUGGCGCGCUGUUUGGUGCAGCGAAGACGCCGGCUCGAGAGGAGCCGGUGGUGGAAAGCGAGGCUGUGGAAUCCUGA